UGUGCGCAUAGCGACUAGCUAAAAUUUCAAUGAAGAUGUGGACAUAAUUAACCCGCUGGGAUUUGAGAAAAUACUUCUUCACAAUGAUUUUAGAGGCAUACGGUUGCAAAUUGCUUUCUCUUGAUUGCGAGUGGGUAGGAUGAAAAGCGUCGAUCCCAGUGGGUAAUCCCCAGGGGGCGCUAGAUUUUCCUGAAUAUUUAAUAUUCAUGUUCCGACACUCGAGGGACCCCGUGCUGUGUUUGUAUCACAAAGUAGGAUACAAUAACGUGGAAUAACGAACGCCCAUCAGACGAAGUAUGAAGUAGCAGACGACUUCAUAGACGCAGAGCGGGCUGGUCGAUUCCCGCGCUAGCUUCAAAAGUUAUCGUCUGCUGCUGCGAGUGUCGCCAGCACACCUGGAGAUUAUUAUUGCAUUAAAUGACAUUUAUCGUGACAUUUUAUUUCAUUCUGGAUAUUAACAGUUUUAAAAGCUUUAAAGAAAUAUGUCGCGAAGGAAACAGGCUCGUCCGAGACUUAUUAAACGUGAAGACGACGAUGAUGAAGCAGACGAACAAAACGACGAACAUUGUCCCGAACAAAAGAAAAUAAAGUUACACGAUGAUGACGUACACAGUGGCGAACAACUUCACGCAAAAGAAAGAGAUGCCGUUGACACUGAGUCCGAGAUAUUCCGAUGCGAGUCGUGUGGCGCCAAAUUUGAAAAUCUCGUCUGCUUCAUGGAUCACAAGAAUACACAGUGUGAAAAUGGAGAACCAGUCUCGCAAAAAGACAACGGAAGUAGGUCGGGAACACCUUCUUCUCAUGUAUCCAGAGGUUCGAGCAUAGAAUCGGCGGAUUCUCCACUUCCGGAUCUAGAUCCCGAGCAGGUACCGAGUCACGUUGGUGUGGACGAACAACAUCCAGUACCGUGUAGAUACUGUGAGAAAGCCUUUGCCAAGAAGUCUCUGCUGGAAAAACAUGAACAAGUCCAUGCAGACAUGUUGCCUUUUAACUGCACUGUUUGUUCGCGUGUCUUCAAAAACAAGAAGGGUAGGGACCGGCAUGAAAAACUCCAUUUGUCAGAAAAAUCUCAUAAAUGUGAUCACUGUGGCGCAUCAUUUCUAAGGACAGAGCAUUUAAAAAGUCACAUGCGAGUACACGAAUCCAGUGAGAGUUAUCCGUGUCAAACUUGUAACCUUGAAUAUCCGACAAUGGCGGCGCUCAUGUCUCAUCAAAAUGCCCACAAACCAAAACCAAUACCCAGCUCUCCCAUGCCCGGAAGCUCCUGUCCUGACUGUGGUGAUGUGUUCUUCACAACAACAGAAAAAGAUUCUCAUGUUUGUUCGGAAUUUGGCGCUAAAAAGACGUUUCAAUGUCAACAGUGUGCCGCCAUUUGCGUAGGUCCAACAGCAUUGGCUCUUCACACGGAGCAUGCGCACUCCGGGCCUGGAACGGAACCAAACAAGUGUCCACUUUGUUACAAAUGUUUUCUGAAUCUAGACGAAUUGACAGCUCACAUGAAGGUACACGAAUCACCAAAUCCGGACAGAAAAUCUUUGGUUAGUACCAAUGAUAUUCAAGGACUUGAAUUUGGCGCAAGUUUUCUUAGCGGAACAAACACGCUUUGUCCGACAGAUAUACUUGUAUGUCCUUAUUGUCUUAAAGAUGAUUUUGAUACAUUGGAGGGACUAGAAUUACACAUGCAGAGUGUACAUUCGGUAAAACCAACGGAAGUGUACACGUGUAACUACUGCAACGCGCCAUAUAAAAAUUUAUAUAGUCUUCACGAACACAUGAGGGCUAUACAUCAGAAUCAACCAAGCAUGGGUAUCAAGUACCCAUGUAGCAGGUGUGGGAAGGAGUAUCCAAGUAUAGAGUCAUUACAAGAUCAUAAGAAGAAAAUGCACUACAAACCGAAACAUUCAGAAAAUGUUAUAUCUUGCCAGUGCUGUUCUCUGGCUUUUGCAAGUUCCACUAGCUUAUACGAACACAUGAGAACAGUUCAUGGAGACAGAAAAAGAAGCGAAGAAAUGAAAAACCCUCACAUUAAUAUACCCACACCAAAACCUUCUAGGCUGUCGACUGAGAACAAAGUUGGGGACCAUUAUCAAAGCUUUUCCGAUGCGCAUACAAUUAUAAACGUUCCGGAGCCAUCUCAGAUACUCCGCCAUCUUAAAACUCCACUCCGAUCUCCAGUAAAAGCUAGUACAAGUCCUACUGGCACAGUUCAUCAUGGACCUGUUUUGUCCGGUCGCCAUUCUCAGGCGUCACCGAGCAGACCGCCCUCUAGUGGCAAGAGCGACUUCCCGCAGGAAAAGAUAAUUUGUGAUCAAUGUAACGCCAAGUUCUCCGACUUGACAAGCUACCAGACCCAUAUGAAGCUACAUGUAGAUUCAGUGCUUGGGCAGUACUCAUGUCGUCAGUGCAACAAGUUGUUUUUAUCGGAAGAGCAGUUGGAGUCCCAUCUAUCGAUGCACUACCUGUCAGCAUCUUCCGAGUACGGCUGCACCAGUUGUAACAAGACGUUUAACAAACCAGACGAGCUACAGAAACACCUGAUGGAUAUACACGCCCAUCACCUGUACAGGUGCUCCCUCUGUAAAGACGUAUUUGACUCAAAAGUGAACAUUCAGGUUCAUUUUGCCAUUAAGCAUAGCAACGAGAGUAAACUGUACCGGUGUGUCGUCUGCGACAUCGUCUUCCGGUCUGAUACAGACUGGCAACUUCACCUGCGCGUUACUCAUCUCAAUAUGACAAAACCUUACAGGUGUUUAUUCUGUAAGGAGUCAUUUAGCUCCGAGAUGGACCUACAGUGUCACCUGGCAACACACAACAAACCAUUUAAAUGUUCCAUGUGCGACGAGACGUUUUUAGUCGAGUUCCUAUUGGAUAAACAUAUACAAAACGUGCACUCUUCAAUCUCAGGACCCGAGAUCUCUCCAAAAGCACAGGCGCAAAGUCCAAAGCCCAUCAGCAUAAAGGUUGAGAAAGACACUGGGACCAGUGCGAAGCAGGAGCAGGGAAGCAACUCACUAUUGUUUAAUCCUCUACUGCCAUCAGCGGGGAACCAGUCCCCAGUGCUCACAGCAGGUAGCGCCACCUUACUUGGAGAAGGGAGCCAACUGUAUCAAAAUAUUUGUGGAGUAGCAAACAGUGGGGUGAUAAAUGACCUGUCAAGCAGUAUGUACCAGGGUUUAAGUCCCGGAAGCUCUGGUAGUGGGUCCAUGGUCUGGAAGAGCCCGGAAGAUCUCUACAGAUGCAAUAUUUGCGAUAUAAAAUUCAGCCAACUAUCAGGAUUGCAGAACCAUAAACUUCAAGACCAUGGACUGAAGUUUGCCUCCGGAAAGUACAGCCCGAACUCAAGUCCCAAACAGAACUCUAUAAAUAAUGGCGAGACUAUUACAAGCAUCUACAACAACAUGAUUUCCCGCCAAAGUUCCGAAUCAAGCUUCUCAUCGGCAGAAAAACAACCAUCUUUGUUACAAGACGCUUUGACAUCAUCAUUCGUUCUUCCUGCCAGUAUUGCAUCUGACGCAUUAAUCGCGGGAAACGCGUACACGGAAAAACUGAUGUCGUCAUUCGGGGAGAAAAUUUGCAUGGCGUGUCCGUUUUGCAGUCAGACUUUUAAAUGUAAGGCAGAUCUCGAGAAGCACAGCAAAAUCCAUUUAAACACGGGCUCUCAGAAAUGUAACAUUUGCGAUGAAGUGUUCGCAAGUUCCGGCAUUCUAGCAGAGCAUAAGCUUACGCACUGUAAGAUACAACAAGGGAACGUCUGCGUUGCUUGUAAAAUUGCGAUUCGUAGUGAGGACCAGUUUUAUCUCCAUUCACAAGAGCACGGUUUUCAAGGGGCAGUAAUGCAGUGUAUCGUGUGUCGCCAAACGCUUGCUUCCAUGUUAGAGUUACAGAUGCAUGGCAGGCAUCAUUUCCAAAACAAAUCUUCUUUCCAUACGUGUUGUGUAUGUUUAAACAGUUUUGAAACGAGUGAAAACUUGGUUUCAAAAAUAAACAGCUCCGGGCGCACUUAUUAUGUCUGCAAGCCUUGUUACCAUGGAAAUUCCUCCGAGUUCUCGUGCAAUCAGUGUAGCGCGACGUUUUCUUCCAAAUCCGGACUAGAACUUCACGAAGUCUCUCACAAGAAGUCAUAUCAAUGUAUAAAGUGUCAAGAAUCAUUUAGCAGUGAGUACGAGAUUCAGAUGCACGUGGCAACGCACGUGAUGACGGAGGGCAACGUCCACGAGUGUUUCCUAUGCUGCGUUGUUUUAGAUUCUCCAGCCAAACUGCAAUGCCAUUUGAUUGAACACACUUACAAAAAUUCUGAAUACAAGUGUAGCGCCUGUGGGCGUGACUUCAACUCUGCGGUGGAUAUCCAGGCGCAUGCUAUAGACCACGGUGUCACAGCUAGAAGAUACGCUUGCAGUCAGUGCACACAGAGAUUUUUCUUUAGUGCUGAACUUGAAAAUCACAGAUACCUGCAUAAAAUGAAAUCCGAGCAGAUAGCAAAGGCCAGCUCUUCUGCAAGCAAAUCUUUGACAAUUCAACCUUUAAAUAUUCGUUCUUUGGACUACCUUUCAUCAGGCCGAGCGUCCUCCCCGCUUGAAUCAAUUUCAAAUAAAGCAAGCCACUCGAAACAGACUUCGGAAGACGGAUUCCACUGCUCAAAAUGUGAGCAAUCAUUUUCAGACGUGUUUGAGCUUGCUAACCAUUAUAAAGAGUUCCACACCGAUCCGGAAAAGAAAACUCACAAAUGCCCGAGUUGUUCCGAAUGGUUUGGUACUGUUAUUCAGCUACAAGCACAUUUCUUUGCCAGGCAUGCGUCAAGAGAGCCGGAGAAAAAGCCGAAAUACGCUUGUAUGGAAUGUGGAAAGGAAUGCUCUUCCGAACAUAACCUAUUGACACACAUGAAUACACACAGAAAAGGUAAUAAGGUCACAUGUCCAACAUGCUCGAGAACUUUUUCUUCAUCUAGCGGUCUGACUGCGCAUAUGACCGCACAUUGUGGUCAAAAGCACAAUCACGAAUGUCCUAUAUGCCAUAAAAAGUUUACAAAAAAGAGUAACAAAAUGGAGCACAUGAAGAUCCACAGUGGUGACAAGAUAUACCCGUGCACCUCGUGCGGCAAACUGUUCUCUGGUAGGGCAACGCUAGAGGAACAUUCAAAAAUACACCAGGAGGCCGCCUUUGACGAGGACCACCAGACAGAAACCAGAAGUGGAACAAGUGAAGAAACCGUGGCGUCAGUUGAAAACGCCAGCGAUGAAGAUGACGCUUCUAAUAACAUCUCUGAUGGAGAGAAAGAUUGUAUGAAACAGGAAGUUACCAGUACAAGUAACAUUCUAGAAGAGUCAAAUGACACAAAGUAAGCAAGUGUAAACAAAGUUCCUGAGGAAGUGAAAUGACUUUCAGCAGAAAGUGUGUGGGUAGGUGGUAGGGGUACAAAUGUAAAAUGUAUUUGCGUUGACAUGGACAUAUUUGCGUACUUAACAAGCAGAUGCAAUAAGUAUAACAACUUAUACAUUCAGCUGAAUGACUCGGUAUAUAUAAACAGUAUUGUGUUGCAUUUGUUAAUUGUGUCUUGGUAUAUUGUGAUUUUAUCGGUAUGAAAAAAAUGCCAUAAAGUGCUAGUUAUAAUUUGCCGUUAAAGUGUUAGUCUAGCUUGUAUUGUAUAUACAUGUAGAAAAUCUCCCAUGUUUUCAUUGCUUCAGCUUAUACAUUCCUGUAGAAUCGUGUUGAUCUGUUUCUCAGUUUUAUUUGAAAUAAAAUUGUGACAAAAGAUAAACUGUCGUUUCUGAAUGGGUUUACGUGCACACAUCGUGUAUGCAACUCUGCAACAAACGAUCUAUUUAUAGUAUCAUUUGUUUCCCAAAUCACAUACUAUACAAUCUAUAAAGGUCGGAAAUUUCCCUUCAGUAGAUAUUGCUGAAACUGACCAAAAAAUGGGUUGUAAGUAAUGGAUACAACCUUCUGUUACUAAAAGGUCAUUUUUGAUUCAAUAUACUGGGUCACAAAGUUCAGAUUAUAACUCUUUUGCAGCUUCAAAACAUGUAUAGGUCAUAAAAGGUAAACGCGAUAAGCUAAAUGUAUCUAUGAACCGUACCAAAGUUAAAAGGAGAAAAAUCAUACGAUGCAACAAAAGCCUUUGCACUGAAUAGAUGGAGGGAAUAUCCGCCAAAACUUUAUGCAUCUAUAUGACAUGCUCGUUCAUAAAUGUUCCUGCUUUGUUCAAUAGGAAGGAGCUAUUAUUUGUCAUACGAUUAACCGCGACACCUGGUAUCAAAAUAUGCCAGACCAUAUGUAUAUUUAUUCCAUCCAUGUUAGUGCAUUGUUGUUUCAUUGUAGUGCUUGACUUCAGCUGCUUCUUAGAUCAUAGUGUGUUAUAGUUUUAGGUAAAUAGCCACGUGGGGAACUAACAAAGAAAGUAGCAAUAUAUAUUAUAGUGCAGAGUCGAAAGAAUUACCGUAAUUCAAAAUCGGACACACAUGAACAGGAUAACAUACAUGAUAGAUCUAAUACUUAGUAAGAAGAACGAGCCAUCAUCAAAAGCGGACACCUAUGUAGUGCCACCGACCUUCCGUAAGCCAGCUGGAUGGCUUCCUCACAUUAAGAAUUCAACGCCCUGAGUGAGGCUCGAACCGACAUCGGUGAGGACCAAGUCAUUUGAA